CCAGCGAUGGCGUCUGCUGAUCUGAGAAAGGAGCUGGACUGUUCCAUCUGCCUGAGCAUUUAUACAGAUCCUGUAACCCUGAGAUGUGGACACAACUUCUGCCGGGUCUGUAUUGAUCGUGUGCUGGAUACACAGGAGGGGUCUGGAGUUUAUGCCUGUCCUGAAUGCAGUACAGAGUGUCAGGAGCGUCCUGCACUGAUACGGAACAUAACUCUGUGUAACAUAGUGGGGAGUUUCCUGUCUACUCGGCCAGAUCAGGAGGAGACUGGGAUCUUCUGCACUUACUGUGUGGACUCUCCUGUACCUGCUGCUAAAUCCUGUCUGCUGUGUGAGGCUUCUCUGUGUGAUAAACACCUGAGAGUACACAGCAAGUCAGCAGAGCACGUCUUAUCUGAUCCCACCAUUGCCCUGGGGAACAGGAAAUGCUCCAUCCAUAAGAAGGUCCUGGAGUAUUACUGCACUGAGGACGCUGCCUGUGUCUGUGUGUCCUGCAGUUUGGCCGGAGAACAUCGGGGACACCAGGUGGAGUUGCUGGAUGUGGCCUCGGAGAAGAAGAAGAAGAAACUGAGAAAUGUUCUGCAGAAACUGACAAUAAAGAGAGAGGAGGCUGAGAGAAGAGUCCAGAGCCUGAUGGAGAGCAGGAGAGGUGAUCAGAAAAAAGCAGCUGGUGUAACAGAGACAGUCACUGCCCUGUUUAGAGACAUCAGGAGACAGCUGAAAGACCUGGAGAAGAGAGUCCUGGGUGAGAUCUCCAGGCAGGAACAACAUGUUACACUCUCAGUCUCUGAUCUGAUCCAGCAGCUGGAAAGAAAGAAGGACGAGCUGUCCAGGAAGAUGCGUCACAUUGAGGAGCUGUGUAACAUGACUGAUCCAGUGACUGUCUUACAGGAACCAGUCGCUGGUGAUUGGUGUGAUGCUGGGAACAAAGAGAGACAUGAUAACCAGAUCCAUGGUGAAGGAGAUCUGGAUGUGGGACAUGUCUCAGAGACAUUACACACAUUAUAUGAUAUGAUAACUGGUAUAAAGAAAGGGAUCUAUGUGCAGGAAUCUACUGACAGAGUGCAGGAGGUAAACCCAGCGAGUAAUACAGAAUCUGAUGUAAUCACAGGUGUAAAGAAAGGAAAAAAUGUCCCAGUGGCUACAGAUAUAGCUUUGAGUGUAAAAACACAAUCUGAUAUAAUAACAGGUUCAAAAAUAGGGCUCUAUGAGAAGGAACCUACAUCUAUAAUACUGGAUGUAAACACAGCUGGUAAUAAUAUAGAUUUUCCAACUUAUAUAUAUACAGGUAUUAAUAAUUAUAAGCAAUUAUAUAAGGCAGCUAAUAGUUGUGCAAAAUGGUCAGAUAAAGCCCAGAAUCGUCCAGAAACACCAGAGAGAUUUCAGCUUUAUAACCAGGUGUUAAGCACCAGCAGCUUUUCCUCAGGGCGACAUUACCUGGAUAUGACUGUGAGUGAAUCAGGGUGGUGGAGUGUAGGGAUGAGCUAUCCCAGUAUAGACAGGACAGGAGAGCAGUCACACAUUGGGUAUAAUGACAAGUCCUGGGCUUUGUGUAAGGGGUUGUGUGACCAGUAUUCACUGAUACAUGACGGGAAACAGACCCGGUUACCCGGCAAUAUUUCCUGUAAUAAUGUGGGGAUAUAUCUGGACUAUGAGGCUGGACAGCUGUCCUUUUAUGCUCUGGUUCCGAUGAGACACUUACACACCUUCUCUGCCACCUUCACUGAGCCCCUUCAUGUUGCAGUAUGUAUAGGGAGAGGUUGUACAGACAAUGACAUAUCUGGGAAUUUCAGGAGUUACAAGAAAGGAUCAUGAAAAACCUGCUCUGAGGCACAUCUGAUUGGUGAAACAUAUAGAAUGAAGCAGUGGGUGGAGCUACAGUGGAGCGCCUCUCAUGUAGUGUAACCAGAUGUCCUGUGUGCCUGGAUGUGAUCUCCUGCUGGUGUGUUACAUACUAUCAAUAUACAUUUAUGUGAGAUUUCUAAUAUUUCCCUUUGUUCUGAUAGACAGUUACUGCGGGAUGCAGUCAAUUUACCGACAAUCAAAAUCCAGACUGUCAAAUUACUGACCGCAAUUGACCGACAGUCAAAAUACCGACAAGGUCAAAAUCCAGACAGUCAAAAUACCGACAUUUAAGAUACAAACAAGGUCAAAAUACCGACGUGUAAAAUGUCGACAGGUCAAAAUGCCGACAUGAGUUUUUCAUGAUUUUUUUAAAUUGAAACUGACUUGUUCAUACUUUACCAUCCCAGUGGACCUGGAGGGGGAAUACAAUAGUGUGCCCGAAGCAUGGCGAGCGCAGCGGUACACUUAUAUGGUGCCCAUGACGACCCAUGUCGACACACACCAAAAUACAAUGAAUAACUCAUGUCGGCAUUUUGACCUGACGACGUUUUACAUGUCGGUAUUUUGACCUUGUCUGUAUUUUAAAUGUCGGGAUUUUGACCAUGUUGGGAUUUUGACCGUCUGUCAAUUGCUGUCGGUAUUUUGACCUUCGGUAUUUUGAUUGUAGGUAUUUCAUACCGAUUACUGCAGCCAAUCACAGCUAUCAGCUGAUGUGUUCCCUAUUACUGUAGUCAGUGCUACACCCCUGCACCCAGUGGCUGUGAUCUCUGCAAUGUGUGAAUGGGGUGUUGUCUUUUAAGGAGAAGAUAUAACAAACCUUCAGGAGAGAUAAAGUAGAGAAGUUGCCCAUAGCAACCAAUCAGAUUCUGUCAUUUUAUAGAAUGUGCCAUGAUAUCUGGAAGUGAAUUGGUUGCUAUUGGCAACUUUCCCACUUUGAAGUCUAUUCAAUUAGUGUCGGAAUUUCCGACAAGUAGUAAAAACUGCACUUUUCAACUUUUGUAGGUUAAAUCUGGAUUUGACCUAUUCAAUUCUAGUGCCGUUUUUUCGUCUUGUCGGAAAUUCCGACAUGUCGAAAAACAGGUGUAUCGACGAAUUCGUCCGCCGAUACACCUAUUUUGUCGAAUUUGCAAGCAUUUCUGACAGGCUUUUGGCCCAUUUUUGACAAUGCCAAUUCAACUUUAAAAAUAGUUGGAUCUGUAUUGUUGAAAAUGGGCAAAAACCUGUUGGAAAUGCCUAUAAAUUGAAUUAGUGAAGUGUCCGACACUAAUUGAAUAUACCCAUUUAUCUCACUCUAAGGUUUAAUACAUCUCCUCUUAGAGUUCUGCUACUGUAAUGGGAUGGGUGGGACUACACCUCCCAGCAUGCCCCAUUGCUUAGCUUUAUUAACCUCAUAUUUGUCAUAAUCACAAAGUAUAAUUAUUUAUAAUUAGUAUUUCUAUUAUAAAAGUGCUUGUAAUUCAGGGGGAUGUGCGUAGAAUAUGGACCAAGUCGCUAUAAUACACUUGUUAUAAUAAUUCCUUCAGUUGGGUUACUGACUAUCUUGACUAUGAGAUAAUCCUUAUGUUUUUUAAGUUUGAUCAUUUUUGUCCUGAUUUUUCUACUUAAAAUGUCAGGAUCCAUGUUUGGGAUUCCUGUACUCUGGCAUAUGUAUAUGAUAAUUAACAAAAUAAAGGCUGCUUAUACCGAUGCACAGUGCAAUUUUAAUUGUUGUUCUCAAAAUACAUGUUUUAUUUCAAUGUGUAUAUAAAAGGCGCCAGAAGGCUUCUGUAGCGCCAUACAAGGGGAAAAAUAGACAAAGUACAU